AUGGCUCCCGUUGCUGUUGAACCCCGCGCCGUCUCGCCGUCGGCAGCUUCGAGUUCCAAGGGCACUAAGCCCGCCGUUCGCUCGCUCACCAACCGAACUGCCAACUACAACUCGGAACACUUCGACCUCGGCGCUCUUGCCAGCGAGGCCGACUACCCGUACAACGACUUCAAGCCCUCCUUCCCCAAUGUCCACUGGGAGGCCUACACGCCCAUCGACCCACCCAAGGACCGCGCGCUGUUUGCCGACCCGGAGAAGAAGAACCUCUUGGGCGCUGCUACCGCUGUCAAGGACCUCACCCGCACGAUUGGUACCGAGCUCGAGGGCAUCAAGCUCGGCGAGCUGACCGAUGCGCAGAAGGACGAGUUGGCACUGCUUGUUGCUGAGCGAGGUGUUGUUUUCCUCAGAGGCCAGGACGACUGGACGAUCGACCAGCAGCUGGAGCUGGGAAGGUACUGGGGACCCCUUCACAAGCAUGCCACCACCGGUGUGCCUGCUCGUGGUGAUCUCGAUGAGGUGCACGUCGUCUACGCCCACCCGACGUCGGACCCUAACGAGAAGGUGUACCGCGGACCGGUGCAGCACUCGCGUUCGGACCUGUGGCACUCGGACGUGACGUACGAAGUCAACCCUCCGUCGUACACGUCGUUCAAGCUGCUCGUCUCGCCCGAGGCUGGUGGUGACACGCUCUGGGCCUCUGGUUACGCUGCCUACGACCGCCUGUCGUACCCUCUGCGACAGUACCUCGAACAGCUCACUGCGAUCCACUCUGCCGUCGACCAGGCUGAAGGUGCGCGCCGUCACGGCAACACGGUACGCCGCGACCCCGUCGAGACCGAACACCCUCUUGUCCGCGUUCACCCGGUCACCAAGCACAAGGCGCUCUUCUUCAACCCGGGCUUCGUCCGCUAUAUCCCCGGCGUUCCCAAGGCCGAGUCGGACUACCUGAUCCAGUUCCUCACGCAGCACGUGUCGAGUGCGAGCGACUUCAGCGUGCGCUUCAAGUGGAACGCUGGCGAUGUGGCCAUCUGGGACAACAGGACCAACAUCCACUCUGCGAUUUACGAGGAUGUCGGAGUCAGCAGGAGACACGCUAUCCGCGUGGCUGUGCGCGGCGAGAUUCCGGCUGACAGCGAGGACGGCACGAGCAGGGAGGAGGAGUACUACAAGUCCAGAGGGUUCAAGGUGGACAGGACGGUGCACAGGGGACAGAGACGCCAGGCUGGCUACAAGGACUAG